CAUACUAUCAUACUUUGAGUAGAGGAGUUCGUAUACAUUUUUUUGCCAUUUUUUUUCCUCACAAGUUAAAGUUAGUAGAUAAUUGAGCAGAGUAACGUUAACUUACAUUAGAGUUUUCAACUGAAACUUUCCUCUCCUGCGCGGGUUUAGAAUGCUAACUUACGGUUAGCUAAUGUUGAGGUCAAGGAAUCGCAAUCUACGGCUACGUAAUUUAUUGCGCGCCUUUUAAUCGCCGAGGUAAGUCGCAGUCUUUUGUCAUUGCAAUUUAGAAACUGUAAUAUUAAGAGAAAAUACCACAUUGACCGGCAAGUACUCAUUUUCCGUUGUGUAAACACAGUGCACUCUUAAGGUUGCAUGUUUAUGUCAGUCAUAAAACGAAUAGUUUGACAGCAACGAGGUCUUGUUUUAAAGUUCUUCAGCAGACUACAAUGAAGCUUGCAUUGUCUGGGAUCCGGGGGACUGAACAUUUUUGUCGGUUUAUCGAGUUAUUACGCAGUCUUGGUUAACUUUUACAUGCAUUUUUACAUUGAUUCUUUAAAUGUUGCUUCCCCCCCCCUCCAGAUUUGCCUGAUUGAUCACUGCCUAGCGUCAUCUUUAUACAACACUUUGCACACACAUUCCACCAAUCCCCUCCACACACACACACACUGAAAGAAAGAAGCAAAAACAGCUCUUUUAAGAGCUACUUUCUCUCUCUCUCUCUCUCUCUCUCUCUCUCUCUCUCUCGUUGUGUUUUUGUACCGUUUUGCCAGUAUGGCUGAGAAUACUGAAGCUAUUUGUAUUGACCCUGUGUAGAUGUGACUUUAUGUACUACAACCUCAAUGCCUUCCCAAAGCUAAAGCGCAAGCAAUCUGAUCACAGAAAGAGGUCAGAACAGGAGGGGGGCUCUAUACCAGCCACACCACAGGCACACCACGGGCACACCUCAGCUACUCAUCCACACCAGGGGAGUGAUCCUCUGGAUGGGGUGUCAGGAGGGAGUGAUGAGGAGGGAGGGGGUGAUGAGCUUCCUGAGGAAAACCCUGAGGAGGAAAAUGUGGUACCAUUCACAGACAUUGAUUUCUAUCAAUGUUUACUGCUGGAGACCGAGCGAGUGUUGGUGAUUGGUGGUGGGACCAUAUUUGUCCUCAACCACUUCAACACGGUGACAAAGUGUUUGGAUAACGAGAAAUUGAUGGUCGUGGAAAGGAAGGCUGUUGUGUUUGAAGGGAGCAGCUCCUAUAUUUAUAAAUGCUCCUGCGACUUCCACCAUGGGAGGCUUGUGGAAGCUCUCUCUGACCACUUGGAGCAGUCCUUUCAUGAGACCAGCUGCAUCCAUGUCAAGGCCCUGACACGAGUCCUACACAAUUUAAAUGUGCCCGAGGUGCCUAUGAAUCAGGAAGAUGAUCACAAUUAUGCAUGCUCUCUUUACAAUGAGUCAAUGGUUCUGCAGAUCCCUUUUGCACCUUCACACUUUGUGGUGCUUAAGACCAAAGCGCAUGGUAUAGUAAAGGCACAUGCUGGCACUAUGAAGUGCCAGACGUGCAACAGAGGCAACACACAAUGUGGCCAUGUGCGAGUCCUGCAGGACUGUUUAAAAGCAACAGGUGCUGAGGGGAGUGCCGUGAGAGCAGCUCUGAGAGGAGGAGGGCCCUAUCAGGAUGUCCGGAAGCUGGCAGUGUCCUCAAAGCCCAUCCCCUUUGACCUCCCCAUCGACAAGAGGAUACAUUACAGCCGUUCUUUUGUAAUGCUGGAGAGGAACUUAGAGGGGGUGAUACUCCUCCAAAGCAAUGUUGGGAGGUGUGAUUGUGGCCAUUCCAUGUCUGCCACACCUAAAGACGUGUAUAUUUACAGUCAGUCCACGGUGGCAAAAGCGAUACUUUAUCAACAGGCAUGUGAGUCAUGUGGACACCAACAGCAUUUUGAUGGGGGAGACGAGUUCCUCCUGAACAUGGGCACAUAUGUAGUGCACCAUGAAGUCCUUAGGGACUAUUUUUACCACUUCCUGAAUUCAAGCUCCACAAUGUACAACUACUUGGAAGUGUACAACACCAACAUGUUGGACAGGGCAGUUCCCGAGAGCAUCCAAAUAACAUACAGGAAGUUCCGAGAUGCUGUCCUGUCCUUCAUGGAUCUGAUGACGGCAGACUUUGCAGACGGGUUUAAAUGCCCUGUCUGCAAAGACAAGUACACAGCUGUGGUCAUGGAUGGCACAUCCCUGGGCUACCAGCAGAAAUAUGCCCUGAAAAGGGAUGGGCAGUAUGGUACCCGAGUGGCAAAUUCUGGAAGCAGUCAUCCUGAAAGGGUGCUGGUGAGCAGUGCACCCCUCCGCAAGCUGCUCACCAAAUUUGUAGAUGACGGCCUGACGCCUGCAGAGGCUAUUGAAAUGGAGGGCCUAGCAGAGCGGCACUCUGCAUUCUUGCUGCCUCUGCUCCAGGCCUGCUUGGAGGUGGGGAUGACCUGUGUUGGACCAUGUCGCCGCAUAGUCCAGGAGGUGGCCAAGAACUCCCCUGCCUGCGCUCUGCUCCACCCUAGUGAACGGGUGGAAGCUAUGGUUCAGGACCUUGAAGCCAUGGGCUACACGGGAGUGGAGGGGCACCCACAACUUCUAAAGACCCUAGCUGAGGAGUGCCCCUUGUUCUUUCAAAUGGUUGGGGCGGAGGGAGCAUUCCCCGAGGUAGCUGUGCCCAUUUUCCGGGCGCUCCACCAGAAGGCAAGGGGCGCUCUGAUGAAGCCAGCCCUGGACACUCCUCUCACAACUAUGGAGAGGGAUGGAGAUUUUUUCCCUUGUCUCCCCCUUGUCCGGGACCGGGGUUUAUUUGAUGCAGAUGGCGAGAGGGAGCAGGGCCGUUUGACAGACUGCAGGAAGGUGGGGAGCAGGCACCCAAGCCUAAUUCCUGGCAUAUUCACACUGUUCUGCAAACAUGGAGUAUGUCUUGGCUUCUCCAUCAUGGAGCAGGUGGAGUCGGUGAACGUGCCAUUCUCCAUUUUACGGAGCAGAUUCACCAAAUGUCCGGAGGUAGUCAUUUAUGAUAAUGCCUGUCAGCUCCACACUUACGCCAUUAGGAGGGACCCCCAAUUUUUUAAUAAAACCUGGUUUUUGGUUGAUCGCCUCCAUUGGAGGAAUCAUUCAGGCUGCAACGCUGGAUACCAGCUGGAUGUUUACCCCCAGCACCAGGAUAUAAAUUCUCAGUUGGCCGAACAAAGCAAUUCAUUGCUGAAAAAACUGAAAAGCCAACUGUCUUAUAUGAACAGAGACAAUUUCAUAGGCCACCUGAGGCUCUUCUUAUGGCACAAGUCUCGAAAAAUUAUAAAUAACAUGAGGUAAGGACGCUGGGUUACAGUGCCUCUCACACCACACACACACACACACACACACCCUGUGAGGUAAGGACGCUGGGUUACAGUGCCUCUCACACCACACACACACACACACACACACACACCCUGUGAGGUAAGGACGCUGGGUUACAGUGCCUCUCACACCACACACACACACACACCCUGUGAGGUAAGGACGCUGGGUUACAGUGCCUCUCACACCACACACACACACACACACACACACCCUGUGAGGUAAGGACGCUGGGUUACAGUGCCUCUCACACCACACACACACACACACACACACCCUGUGAGGUAAGGACGCUGGGUUACAGUGCCUCUCACACCACACACACACACACACCCUGUGAGGUAAGGACGCUGGGUUACAGUGCCUCUCACACCACACACACACACACACACACCCUGUGAGGUAAGGACGCUGGGUUACAGUGCCUCUCACACCACACACACACACACACACACACACCCUGUGAGGUAAGGACGCUGGGUUACAGUGCCUCUCACACCACACACACACACACACCCUGUGAGGUAAGGACGCUGGGUUACAGUGCCUCUCACACCACACACACACACACACCCUGUGAGGUAAGGACGCUGGGUUACAGUGCCUCUCACACCACACACCCUGUGAGGUAAGGACGCUGGGUUACAGUGCCUCUCACACCACACACACACACACACACACACACCCUGUGAGGUAAGGACGCUGGGUUACAGUGCCUCUCACACCACACACACACACACACCCUGUGAGGUAAGGAC